GUGCACGACACAGUAGGCUGGGAUAGAGGGGGAGAGACGCAGGCAGUCCGCUAGCUCGCUAGCAAAACCUCUCCUUUACCCGAAUACAUAUCUGCUGCUGUUUGUGACGACUAAUAACAGCAAAAAUCGGCAGCAAAAACCCAAGAACGCCUCUGUAGAAAUUAAGUAAUAUUCACAGAGUGGAAGUCAACGUGCUGAAAACAGUGACACUAUAUCCAGACCCGAGAUAAGACGGCGACAUGGCUACGACAACCUGUACACGAUUUACGGACGAGUAUCAGCUAUACGAAGAGCUCGGAAAGGGAGCCUUUUCAGUGGUGCGCAGAUGUGUCAAACUCUGCACAGGCCAGGAAUACGCAGCCAAAAUAAUCAACACCAAAAAGCUGUCUGCAAGAGAUCAUCAGAAGCUGGAACGUGAAGCUCGUAUCUGUCGGCUACUCAAGCACUCCAAUAUCGUCCGUCUCCAUGACAGUAUAUCAGAAGAAGGAUUCCACUACCUCCUCUUUGACCUGGUGACCGGAGGGGAGCUGUUCGAAGACAUCGUAGCCCGAGAAUAUUACAGUGAAGCGGAUGCCAGUCAUUGCAUCCAGCAGAUCCUGGAGGCGGUGCUUCACUGCCACCAAAUGGGCGUGGUGCACCGAGACCUGAAGCCAGAGAACCUGCUGCUGGCCAGUAAGUGUAAGAAUGCUGCCGUUAAGCUGGCCGAUUUUGGGCUGGCCAUCGAGGUGCAGGGGGAGCAGCAGGCCUGGUUCGGGUUUGCGGGGACGCCGGGGUACCUGUCCCCUGAAGUGCUACGAAAGGAGGCCUAUGGCAAGCCUGUGGACAUCUGGGCCUGCGGUGUUAUCCUCUACAUCCUGCUGGUGGGAUACCCACCCUUCUGGGACGAGGACCAGCAUAAACUCUACCAGCAGAUCAAAGCAGGAGCCUACGACUUCCCCUCUCCUGAGUGGGACACGGUCACUCCUGAAGCCAAGAAUCUGAUCAACCAGAUGCUGACCAUCAACCCAGCCAAGAGGAUCACCGCCCAGGAGGCUCUCAAACACCCAUGGGUCUGCCAACGCUCCACUGUAGCCUCCAUGAUGCACCGGCAGGAGACAGUGGAGUGCCUGAAGAAAUUCAACGCCCGGAGGAAACUGAAGGGGGCCAUUCUCACCACCAUGCUGGUGUCUCGCAACUUCUCUGUGGGCCGUCAGACCACGGCUCCCGCCAGCGUUUCCGCGGUUGCCGCGGCAGCCGCGGCCGGCACCGCCGCGGGGCUGGUGGAGCAAGCAGCCAAGAGUUUGCUGAACAAGAAAGCGGAUGUGAAGAAAAGGAGAACGAGCUGUAGCGUUCAGUACAUGCCACAGUCAAACAGCACGAAAAACAGCAUAGUCACCAGCCCCAAAGGAAACGUCCCUUCUCCUGCUCUGGAACCUCAGACCACUGUUAUCCAUAACCCAGUGGAUGGGACCAAGGAGUCCUCGGACAGCAGCAACACCACCAUCGAGGACGAGGAUGUGAGAGGGAAAAGCCUAGACGGCAGCUCAGUUAAGACCCAGUCCAGCUCCAGCUCUCCACCGGAGGCCGUCCAAUCGGCACAGGCCCCGCCCCCGGCCGUCUACUCCUCCAAGCUGACAGACCUCCUGGGCUGCGUGCGCAAGGGCCCGAGUCCUGCCUCUGACGGCGAGGGGGGGGUCAGCACCCCCCCGGCAGCUGUGCCCGCCCCCUCCCCCCCCCAGACCCCUGUCAUUCCCAUGCAGAUGUCCCGCCUGACAGACAUUGUGAGCAGCGUGCGCAAGGGGCCUGCCCCCCAGCCCGACGCUGAGGCCACGCCCACCCGGCCCGCCGCCCCCCUGUCCCAGUCAUCCCCCCCACCUCCCCGGGCCUCCCCCAGCCCCUCUCUGAGCCUGCAGACACGCAAACAGGAGAUCAUCAAAAUCACAGAGCAGCUGAUAGAGGCCAUCAACAAUGGAGACUUUGAAGCCUACGCGAAGAUCUGUGACCCCGGGCUGACCUCCUUCGAGCCAGAGGCCUUGGGCAACCUGGUGGAGGGGAUGGACUUCCACAAGUUCUACUUUGAGAACCUGCUGUCCAAGAACAACAAGCCCAUCCACACCACCAUCCUGAACCCGCACGUGCACCUGAUCGGAGGCGCCUAUCGCACCGCCUCGCAUCGGGACACCGCCGGGGACACUUUGGACAAGCGUGCCCAGCUGAAGAGAGGGAUGGAGGGGAGAAGUCCAGGGCUGGGGGAGGGCGGGCCAGCGGACAGGAAGUGGAGGUUUGCUGGGUAG